GCUGAAAUUACAUUAUUUAAACUUCAGAUGUUUUUGUUCCAAUGAGUGGAACGACAUAGAAAUCUUAUUUCCUCUACCAUUUGAUAGAAAAAGAUUAUCUACGUCAUAUUUUACGGGGACUGUAUUUUAACUAGGAGGACGAUAUCCUUCCGCCUACCGCUCUUCUUUUGCGGAAGGAUUCAUUUAAGUUUUGUGUCUGUGAAAAGAAGGCGUUGUUCCGCUACCGGACCAUUUGAUCUCUUUCAAAUCUUUUGGUGUUUUCUUCGUUGUUCAGCUGUUUUCUUCGGUCGGUGCUCUUAUUUAGAUGGCCAGCUUCCCGGACUGUGUAAAUGAAAAUGAUUUAGACAAGGCGAAGUUCAUCGGUGAACUCCUGGUCCCUGCUGCUCCCUUUGACCAGAAGUCUGGACGUGAGACCUGGACUGUAGCCUUUGCACCAAAUGGUUCCUACUUUGCUUGGUCUCAGGGACAUCGCAUUGUCAGACUCAUCCCUUGGACUAGCUGUCUCAGGAGCUUUUCUGUGAGCGCUGGUGAAGAAGGUACCAUUCCAACUAGUCCCAGGCGUUUGUCCCGUCAAAACAGCGAUGGAGGCCUUACUGUCGCACUAGCUGAUGAAGCCCGUGAACACACCAUCGACUGUGGGGACAUAGUCUGGGGUCUUGCCUUCGGCUCCUCUGUGCCGGAGAAGCAGAGCCGCUGUGUCAACAUCGAGUGGCACCGGUUCAAGUUUGGCGAAGACCAGUUACUGCUGGCCACAGGCCUGAACAAUGGUCGCAUUAAGAUCUGGGAUGUUUACUCUGGAAAGCUGCUGCUGAAUCUGAUGGACCAUACUGAUGUUGUACGGGACCUGACUUUUGCUCCUGAUGGCAGCCUCAUGUUGGUGUCUGCUUCCAGAGAUAAGACUCUUCGUGUGUGGGACCUGAAAGAUGACGGUAACAUGGUGAAGGUUUUACGGGGACACCAUAACUGGGUUUACUGCAGCUCCUUCUCCCCGGACUCGUCCAUCCUGUGCUCGGUCGGCGCAGGCAAAGCGGUGUUCCUAUGGAACAUGGAUAAGUUCACGCUGAUCCGGAAACUAGAGGGGCACCACAAUGAUGUGGUAUCCUGUGAGUUUUCACCUGAUGGCGCCCUGCUGGCCACAGCCUCGUAUGACACCAGGGUCAUCGUCUGGGACCAUCAGAAGGCUACCAUCCUCUUGGAGCUGGGCCAUCUUUUCCCUCCGCCGUCGCCCAUCUUUGCUGGAGGGGCCAACGACCGCUGGGUCCGCUCUGUGAGUUUCUGCCCUGAUGGCCGCCACAUCGCCAGUAUUACUGAUGACAGGUUGGUCCGUUUCUGGAGUAUUGAGGAACGGGCUCCUCAGGCUGUAGCCUCCUUGUCCAACGGUCUCUGCUGUGCCUUUUCUGCUGAAGGGAAUGUUCUCGCUGCUGGGACCCGCGAUGGAAGCGUCCACUUCUGGGAGUGUCCCCGCAGCGUUGCCAGUCUGCAGCACAUGUGCAGGAUGGCCCUGCGCCGGGUUCUGAGCACCCAACAGGUGGAAGCCCUAGCCAUCCCCACGCCCCUCCAGGACUAUCUGACCUACAGAGUCAUUUAAGUCUUUCCAUAAGCCGGUUCCCAGGGACUUCUCACUGCAGCAGUGUGCCGGAAAACCUUCUUUAAAAACCCCCAAAUCUUCUAGACCCGAUGUUAAUAAAGAGCAGAGUGUAGGUUCUGAGCCAAGUGGCCGUCUGCUCUUCAGCUUGACUUUGUACAUAUUUAUUUUCACAUGGCUUUACUACGGUUCUCUGGACCAGUACAGUCGUGUUAUUCUGGGUUUCCUGGUCUCUGCGGUGUCGCUGUGCUCCUGCAGAUGUGGAGGUCCAGCUCUAGCGACUCCUCGGCUGCUCUAACUUGAAAUGGCUGUUGCACUUAAAGAGGCCUUGCAGCGGUGCUUGCUUUGAAUGUCUUUCUCUUAGUCAUCAGGUUCUGUUUGCAGCGUGGAGGUCUGUCCUCAUAAAAACCUACUUCCUUUUUCCUCUGCUUCUGCACCUCUACUCCACACUAAAUGGAAAAGUUUGACUCUUUCAAAGUAACGCUGGGUGUUUUCCUCUGCCAGUAUUUCCAUCAACCUGAGACCCAAACACUACGGCCCCUGGGUCGGUCCCGUCUAUCAUCCUCAUUUCAACCUUUUUUUAACAUUGUUUUCUCUCAGCUUUACAACAUCUGAUUGAAGUUGCUUCAUAUGCUCAGCUCUUUGAAUCUAGAACGAUUAUUGAAGGUUCCUUUUAUAAGAAAAUCAGUAUUUCUGUCUGGAUGGGAAGGUGUGGGACACGUUGACCCGUCUCAGGUCAUUUGUUCAGCUGGACAUUGGCUUAUAUUUUGUUCUGGUUAAAUACACUAAAUAUUUUCUAAUCGGGUUCUUAAAGUUUCUUGGAUCACGUUGCUCCCAGUCGUAGUUCCUUUUGGUCAGGAUUUGUACAUUUGUAAAUUCUUUUACUUUAUUGCUUUGUUUUAAUGUGAAAAUAUCAAAACCUCGUUUCUUACCUUUUAUUGUAUGCAUCAGUCGGUCCAAUCACCCGGCUGGAUUACGGAAGCAAUACCUGCCGCCGCAUCUGCUCACCAAUCCGCUAACGGACGAACCGUCAGCAGGGAAGCUUCCCCCUAAAGUGAAGCGUUCUCAGAAAGGAUCUAGUUUCUCCAGAUGUGAAUGAAACGUGAGAAAGGAGAGAGGUCCUUGUGUUAAUUCUACUCCCACAGCAGAUGGCGGCGUGAAGUAAAUGCCAAAGGUUUUCCUUCUGUGUUUUUUACUUUAUUUUUUAAGAAUGGCUGAGCAGCUGUAACACCCCGGCCUAAUCAAAGCAGACAUGUUUUCUAUAUCUGUUACAGGUUGAUGGAGAAACUCAGAUGAACUCUGAUGUUUCUGUAUAUCUGUGAAUGUAUUGAGUUUUUGAAACCUUGUUUAAAUAAAUACUUUUUACUAU